AUGACUUUGAAGAGGAUUCCACCUUCUCCAGCUCAAUCCUCUGACGGAAAACUCCCUCAAUCCUUUGACUCUGGAAUCUACCAGAGCUACCCCAUCAUGUCUGAAGACAUGAGCCAGUCAAUGCAUUAUGGCUCUCCUCCUCAAUACUACCAGCCCACAAGCAACUUCUCCAGCCUGCCAUCUCACUCGGUGAUCAUGUCUGAUCCUGCCAUGACGCCUCCUCCAACUGGCGAUGAAGGGUCUCCCUUCAUGGCGUCUCCUUCUCUGAGCUCAGCAGGCUCCCCUCCACAACGUCUGCCUGCUUAUCGUACCCGCUCAGGCGGAACUCCACGGGUCAAGAGGAAGCAAGUUCGGCGUCAGAAGAACCGCAAGGACUCAGACAUCGGCUUCAAGCUAGAUGGACCCAUCAGUCAAUUGACUGAGGGCUUCACCUCCACUCCCAUCCGUGACAUGGUUGCCUGGGUCAACCGAUCUCCUCAAGCACGCCGCGAAGAAGUUCGGAGCAAGAAUGGAAAGAUCUCUCGACCCAUGAACGCUUACAUGCUCUACCGUUCUGCUUAUACCGCGCGCACCAAGCUCCUGGUUGGUGCCAAUAACCACCAGAUUGUCUCCAAGGUCACCGGUCUCGGGUGGCACAUGGAGCCUGCUGAGAUUCGCAGGAAGUACAAUGAGUUGGCUCGGAUUGAGCGCGACAACCAUGCCGCCACACACCCAGACUACAAGUUCGCUCCACUCAAGAACAGCACCAACCGUCGCGACAGCGGCCUUUCCUCCACAAUGCCAUCACACAUGACCGAUGAGAGUGGCUUCUCCGACCUGGACAGUGACUUUGGCAGUGUCCACAGACCUCUUUACAGCAGCCAUUCGCGCUCGAACAGUUUCGGGGACUCCUACUACCAUGACAGCCGGGCUUCAUCUCCAUUCGAUGGACCAGACAUGAUGAUCCCGAACUACAUCCAGCAGCACCCACACUGGUCCAACACCAGCCACCCAGUGGGCAUGUCCCACGGUCUACCCACCAUCUCCAAAGUCGAAGACACCUUUGGCCCCGUCAGCCCACCCCAAGACAUCAACUACGAAUCUACCCUCGCUGGACUUCCAGGAGCCACACACCACGAGCUCCUCGAGCCCCAGCCCCAGAUCCAAAUGAUGCACGGUCUGCCCCUCGGCGACAUGGACCCACGUCUACUCACCCAGGACACUGAAGCAGAGUCCACAAUGGCAACAUAUGCUUCUCCCUGCUCAUACCCGGCCUGGGACGAGUCCUCUACACCCUACUAUCCCGUUGCCUCUGCAUCAUCCCUGCCUCCCACCCCUGCACCUUACUCGCAGGGCAUGGACUCCUACCUCCCCAGCAUGCAAAACGUGGAAGGUCGCGAGCAAUCAUGGGAUCUGGCUCGCCAUGGACAGACUAUCCCCGAGCCAACCGCUGGUGAAUAUGACUUGUGGUGUAACACCGAGCCAUCGCAAUACUAG